AUGUCGAUUCCUGAGGUAAAAUCCACUUUUAGGGGUCUCAAAACCGCUAUCCAAUCCAGGAUGAAGGGCAAGAUUUCGGGCAAGGAUCAAAACCGUCAAGGGCUCGUACCUCGGGUAACGGACAAGCGAUCCAUGACAUGCGAUCGAAGGAAUGAGACUUGGGCAAGGGUAAAGGGAGAAGAGCUAGCGAGGAACGGUAACAACGGGAAGAAUGACUCCUGUUGGAAGAGCUACUUGUGGAUGAUGGAUCCUUGGCUGCCCGGGAAGUUGAUUGAACAAAGCCUAAGAGGCCAAUUAAACGAGUAA